UUGUCGCCCCCCCAUCAGGUUCAGGAUCAGGUGCACAGAUCCCUCGCUGUGGCUCAAGUGCUCGCAGAUGACGUGGACUGUCACGUGUUCCCCUUCAAAGACUUCGGCAAAGGACGCAUCAAGAAGCUUCGCGUCAGCCCGGACGCCUUCAUACAGAUCAGCCUCCAGCUGGCGUACUUCAGGGAUCGUGGUGGUUUCUGUUUGACCUACGAGGCGUCGAUGACCCGUCUGUUCAGGGAGGGCCGGACGGAGACCGUUCGAUCCUGCUCCAACGAAAGCUCUGACUUUGUGAAAGCUCUGGAACGUGGAGAGACAGAGGAACAGUGCAGGCAUCUCUUCCGACGGGCCUCGGAGAGGCACCAGAACCUCUAUCGAAUGGCCAUGACCGGAGCUGGAAUCGACCGACACCUCUUCUGUCUGUACGUGGUGUCCAAAUACCUGGGGGUGGAGUCACCGUUCCUCAAAGAGGUUUUGUCGGAGCCGUGGCGUCUCUCCACCAGUCAGACCCCAGUUCAGCAGAUGGAGCUGUUUGACCUGAAGAACCAUCCGGACUUUGUGUCGCUGGGCGGAGGGUUCGGACCUGUUGCUGAUGAUGGUUAUGGGGUUUCUUACAUCAUCGUUGGCGAGGAUAUGAUCAACUUCCACGUGUCGUCCAAAUACUCCUUCGGUGGGACUGACUCCCACAGGUUCGGCGCUCAGAUAAGCAAAGCUCUCCAAGACGUCAUGAUUCUUCUCACACCCGACGCCAAAACCUCACAGUCGUCUAAAGCUCAGUCCAAGAAGGUCCUCUGAACACGGCGCGCCCCCCCCCCCCCCCCCCCCCCCCCCCCC